UACGUUAAAAGCGGGCAGGUCUCAAACCCCCGACAUCUUCCCUCUCUCCAGUACACCAGUUAUCGAUUGAUAUGAGUCAGCGCAGCGCUUAAUGUUUCUAAUUGUUUUCCCUCUGUUUUGUGGAUGAUAAGUAAUUAAGUGAACUCUAUUUGUGGACACAACUAUGCCAAAAGGAAAGAGUCUUCUAGAAAGAUUCAUGAUUUAAAGUGUUUGGUAUAAGGAGAGGGACGGCAAGUUUGUAAUCACUACCUCCCCACCUCUACCCGUGCACACACUUCCGGAGGCAGGCUUCAUUCAGACUGUCAACAGCUUGAUCGAGAGUCGGAGUGGUAUUUAUUUUUAGUACGUUUGGACAGAAUUGUUCCAUAAUUUUUAUACAGUACAAGUAAUUGUUUAUCGGGAACCACUGUGGAAGUUGCAAAUUCUAAAAUUUUCUACUCUCGAUCAGUGAUCUCACCUUAAAGUUUGAACUGCAAGUUGCUGUGCAUACAUGCCACACCUGUUACAGAUGCUACAACGAUACCUACUCAACUGAACAAUGGAUGAUGAUACGUUUCUGGUCGGUGGCUUUGACUUGGGCCACCUAAUCCUUGCCUUUGUCAUCGUUGGAAUCUUCGCCCUCAUCGUUUACUGCUUAUGGGCGUGGCCAUGCGGUGAAAACUGUCGUGAACAGCCUCUGGAAGGCAGAGUGAUUCCAUAUCCAGGGAGGGGCACCAAAGUGCACGACCUUGGACUACGCGAGCAGGACGCGUGCCUGAUGUAUGCCAUGGAACUAGAACCAGGAACCUUCAUCCUUGAGAGCUCAGAUGGCGAACUGUUUCGGGUUCUUCACGAGUACGACUCCCUGGCUAACCAAGGUACUCCGAGUCGAGGUUUCCCCGCAGGCGCGGUGGUGCCGGUUCAUUACAUCCCCGCCUACACCCGCGCCCACGUGCAGACGCGCCCUUCCGCCCCCCACGUCAGUCUGGUCGAGGACGACGAGCAGGUGGUCCGCCAUUGGAACACACAGCCCUGGCGACCGCUGUGCGUUCAGACCGGCAGCGGAUGACUCGCAAAACGUUUGAUCACUCGUGGUGUCCGGGGCAAAUCGACAGGUUUUCUCUUUCCUCCCUUGAGCCGGUCUCUUGAGGUAGGCUCCUUGCUUCAACGAAGUCGAAUGAAGCUAUGGUCAAAGACUGGUCUGGCCGUCGAUAACCAUGCAGUGAUAUCGUUCUCUAAAGUCCUUUUAAGAAGCUCAAUCAGGGUUUAGUAAGUCAAAUGUUUUACGCCGGGAUCAGACGCUUUCGUUUGUAUUGUACGUAUGCACAACAGCGAAUCUGCCUAUAUAUCAAGUUUUAGAGAUAAAUUUUAUUUUAUUUUCAACAGAAAUGUACAGACGGUGAAAGAAAUAUGCGUGUUUUCAGAUAAAAUUCUACCUACUUUGACCAGAUCAGCAAUUUCGCAGGGUAAACAAAAACCCGACAUUGCACAAGCGAAAGGUUUGUUUGAGGAGGUCGGGGGGGGGGGUGGCAGUCUUUUAAAAAUAUAACUUUUUUUUUUAAAAAAAAGAGUUAAUAUAAGUAAGGUCAAAAGUUUAUUGCUUGUACAGUCACUACAUCUGCUUAUCCAUUCUCACCACGUUGUGGGAAGAAAUUGUGCAGAAAAUCUUCAUCUGCAGCGAAGAGGUUUUUUUCAGUUUCGGCUGGAAUUAAAUAUAUUUAUUCAGAGGGCCAGAGUACUCCUUGACCAAGUUUUUCAUUGACGCAGCCAGACGAUGUGAAACCAACUUUAUGAAACUGUUUAUGUGAUAACCAUAUAACUAUUAAGCUUUGAGUACUCUUGAGUGAAACAGUACAGUUCGUUCAUAUCUCAGUGUCUCGUCUUCACGUUUAUCUCCUUGCUUCUCUGCAGUCAUUUCUUGGAAGAUGUCUUUUACAUCCCCAAAACAACUUAAUUUCACACUGUGGACAAUUUUAAACUUAAAACAUGACAGUAUCACUGAGACGCUGCAUUAAUCAUUUCUUAACUCGAAAGUUACAUCCAAUAUUCUAAGAAUCACAUGAUGAUGAAUAAUAAAUAAACAUCCUAGAAUCAUGUUA